ACCAGUUACUAGUUUGCGAAAAUAAUUCAAACAAUGGCGGAAACGUAGACAUGUGUUCUUCAAUAGCGGUCUUAUUAUUGUUGGUUUGUUUGAAAUAAGAAAAACAAAGUGUACAAAAGCAGUCAUUAUAAGCACAUGAAAGACAGAAGUGGAAAUUCUUCUAAUGUUAAAGAACUCACUGUGGUAACAGCUCAGCUUGGCAUUGACUUUACGUUGGCCUAUGCUAAAGCGUAGCACUCUGGUUGAUGGUGGUCUUCUCAAUAUAAACCACUUUUUUACAUGAUGAUGUUCAACUGGAGGUGAAUUCUUGGAUCCAACAUAUCUUGCUUGAACAAUCACCUCAAGGUGUCUGACCAGCAAUAUUUCCAUCGAUAACAGAAUUAUUGACAAUACAAUGGCAUUUCGAAUAAAUGCAUUAUCCCUAUCUCAAGGGAAAUUAGUACUUAUUUUCUUUGGUGUCUGUGUAUUUGCCUUAUUUGUUGUGCCUUUUGGUUUAACAAAGAACGAAAGUGUGUUACCAAAAUUAACAAAAGGCCUUAAACAUUUGCUUCAAGUGCAAAUGGAAGAGUUGAAAAAACAGAUGAUUGAGCCACUAGAGAAGCGAAUCAAUGAGCUUGAAAAAAGUCAAAACAAAUAUCCAAAAGUCAACUAUCUUGCUGAAAAGGAGAGAAAGAGGAUCUUGGUCACAGGUGGUGCUGGGUUUGUUGGUUCCCAUCUGACUGAUGCACUUAUGUUAGCUGGUCAUGAGGUUACAGUGGUUGACAACUUUUUUACUGGAAGAAAAAGUAAUGUAGAACACUGGAUAGGUCAUGAAAAUUUUGAGCUAAUUAAUCAUGAUGUAGUGGAACCAUUGUAUAUUGAGGUGGAUCAGAUCUAUCACCUUGCGUCGCCUGCUUCACCACCAAAUUAUAUGUAUAACCCUAUAAAAACUAUCAAGACAAACACGAUAGGAACACUGAAUAUGCUUGGCUUGGCAAAACGUGUCCGGGCGAGGUUAUUGUUGGCCUCUACUUCUGAAGUAUACGGAGAUCCAGAAGUUCAUCCACAACAUGAAGAAUACUGGGGUCAUGUCAAUCCCAUAGGGCCUAGGGCUUGUUACGAUGAAGGAAAACGAGUUGCAGAGACAAUGUGCUUUGCAUACCAUAAACAGGAAGGAGUAGAGAUUCGGAUCGCAAGGAUUUUCAAUACUUUUGGUCCAAGGAUGCAUAUGAAUGAUGGGAGAGUAGUGAGUAAUUUUAUUCUUCAAGCGCUUCAAGGAGAGCCAAUAACGAUUUAUGGGCAAGGGAAGCAGACAAGAUCCUUUCAAUAUGUUAGUGACUUGGUAAAUGGUCUUGUCCUGCUCAUGAACUGUAAUGCAACAAAACCAGUGAAUGUGGGAAAUCCAGAUGAGCACAGCAUCGGGGAGUUCGCUAGGAUGAUAAGGGAUCUUGUUGGAAGUAAAUCAGAUAUUGUGAACCGACCUAUAAUGGAGGAUGACCCGCAAAGGCGUAAGCCUGACAUAUCACGCGCAAAGGAGCUUUUUGGCUGGGAACCUGUGGUUCCUCUGCAAGUUGGACUAAACAAGACAAUUGAAUACUUCCGUCAAGAGUUAUCCAAAACAAAAGCCUCCAAACAAGCUGAACUCUAGUAAAAUGAUUCUGACCUAUAAUGCUUUUUAAAUCUAGGCUUAUUGUACAAUAAUGCAAAAUUAUUUCUAUUUAUUGGUAAA